CAUCCUCUUCACCUCUCGGUCCUAUCUCCCCCUCAUUUUAUUUUCUAACACAAUUUAAUUUAUUUUCAAGCGUUUCCUAUUGUGAUUCGCGAAAUUUAAUAUCAAUUUAUUUACUUAUUUUAUCCCUUCUGCGUGAUUCGCCAAAGGGAAAAGUUGCUCAAUUUUCUCUCUUUCAUUGUUCGACUCGUUUGCGUGUUUUUGCAUCGGAAUUAAGCGAUUUCCAAUUCGAUUGGAUUUUCGUGGUGUCAGGAUCUGACAUUUGUAGCUUCGGUGCUACACCUUUGAAUUAGGGUUUUGUGUGUGCUUCACAAUCAUAAUAUGAUAAUUAAGCAUUCUUUGAAAGCUGAAUUGCAAAACCUAAAGCGGUGUAAGCAUGAAGAAGAAGAAAAGGACCGUCUUAAUUCGGCGAUUCAGAAGAAACAGAAGGUGAACGGCGUUGACUCCAUUGCUAACAGUGAAGACUUGAACAUCUUUUUUGUCUCUGGAUCCGGCGAAGGAUUAAAUUGCGGCGGUGGUGGUGAAGUCCACUCCAAUUCAACUUCCGUGGAAUUGAACGGUGGAAGUGCAAAAGCACCUCCGUUGUUACGAUCUUCCAGAGGCCGCGUUCAAAUGCUUCCAUCUAAGUUCAAUGAUUCGGUACUUCUCGAUACAUGGAAGAAUACUAAUAGGCGAAUUAAAAUAUCUGAAUUAGGGUUUGAAGGUGAUAAUGGUUCAAGAGACACUGAAAUGAGAAUUUUGAAUAAGGGAAAGGAAAACAAAUGCGACUCAAAACAAGAGAUUGAUUAUGGUUUUGAUGAAUUUAACUACGAGAAGCAUGCUGAGUCGUUUAAGAGCAUUAAAACGACGGUUAAAGGGAGUCGUUUGUUGUUGGUUAAGAAAGAGAGUGAAAAUGGUUUGGUUGAAAAGGCUAAAAAGGGGAAGAAGAUUUUCAAACUAGAGGAUUUUCAUUUGGGUGAUAUAGUUUGGGCAAAAUGUGGCAAGAGUUAUCCGGCGUGGCCUGCUGUGGUGAUUGAUCCCAUUUUGCAUGCUCCUCAGUCUGUUCUCAGCUGUUGUGUUCCGGGUGCAAUUUGUGUUAUGUUUUUUGGUUAUUCAAAAAAUGGAAAGCAAAGGGACUAUGCAUGGGCGAAGCAGGGGAUGGUAUUCCCCUUCUUGGAAUUCAUGGAUAGAUUCCAGGGGCAGAUCCGAUUGUACAAGAGCAAACAGAGUGAUUUUCACAAGGCAAUGGAGGAGGCAAUGUUGGCGGAAGAUGGCAUUCUGGACCCACACUUCAGAACUGAGCAAAUUGUGGAGGGUGCGGGUUCCUGUGCUGAUCAGGAGCAUUGCUACAAAGACCAGGAUGCAAAAUCUUGUUUUGGCUGUGGUUUGACGUUGCCAUGCAAAACCAUGAAGAAGACUAAAGAUUCAAGCUGUGCUACUCAGCAUUAUUGUAAACCUUGUGCAAAGUUACUAAAAUCAAAACAAUAUUGUGGCAUUUGCAAAAAGAUUUGGCACCAUUCAGAUGGUGGUGAUUGGGUAUGCUGCGAUGGUUGUAAUGUUUGGGUGCAUGCUGAGUGUGACAAAAUUUCCAGCAAACUUUUCAAGGAUCUGGAAAAUAUAGAUUACUAUUGCCCAGAUUGCAAGGGAAAGUUGGAUUGUAAAUUAUCAGCAUCACAAACAUACAAAUCAAAAAAUAAGUCAGUAGAGAACAACCGAAAACCUGCGGUACCUGAAGAGCUAGUGGUGGUGUGCAAUGACAUGAAAGGAAUUUACUUUCCAAAGCUUCAUUUAGUUAUGUGCAAGUGUGGCAUGUGUGGGUCAAGGAAGCAGGCAUUGGCUGAAUGGGAACGGCAUGCAGGUUGCAGAGCCAAAAAAUGGAAACAUAGUGUGAAACUAGAAAGUACAAUGCAACCAUUAAUGAAAUGGAUCACAGAACACAAUUCCCAAGCUGGAAUUUCCAUGCAGUUAGAUCAGAAACGGGUGCUUUCCUUUUUGCAAGAGAAGUAUGAGCCAGUUUAUGCAACAUGGACAACAGAAAGAUGUGCGAUUUGCAGAUGGGUUGAAGAUUGGGAAGAUAACAAAAUUAUUAUCUGUAACAGGUGCCAAGUUGCAGUUCACCAAGAGUGCUAUGGGGCAAUGAAUGUUAAAGAUUUUACUUCUUGGGUUUGUAGAGUGUGUGAAACUCCUGAGGUAGAAAGAGAGUGUUGCCUCUGUCCAGUAAAAGGUGGAGCACUGAAGCCAACUGAUGUUGAGUUGUUGUGGGUUCAUGUAACAUGCGCUUGGUUUCGUCCUGAAGUUGUUUUCAGAAACCACGAGGCAAUGGAACCUGCCUCUGGAAUCCUUAAGAUUCCUCCUAAUUUGUUUUUGAAGACUUGCGUGAUCUGUAAACAAAGCCAUGGUUCCUGUACAAGUUGUUGCAAGUGUGCUACUUAUUUUCAUGUGAUGUGUGCGUCAAGAAUGGGAUACAGCAUGGAAUUGCGUUCUACAGUGAAGAAGGGGACUCAAAUAACAAAGACACUAAUAUAUUGUGCAGUUCACAGGGUCCCAAAUCCAGAUUCAGUAGUGGUUGUGCAUACACCCCUUGGGGUAUUUUCUCCUAGAACUUCGCUUCAAAAUCACAAGGGAUGCUUAAGAGGAUCAAAGCUUAUUUCAUCAGAUAAUACAGAACUCCUUGAACCUUCAACCUCUGAAGGUUAUGAGGUUGAGCCACUAUCUGCUGCCAGGUGUCGUGUUUACAGAAGGUCUCCCAAUAAGAAGGAUGAUACACCAAUAAUUCACUUGCUUGGGGGGCCAAACCUUCAUUCUUUAAGUGAAAUAACUCAACUGAACAGCAAUAAGGAUGCUGGGGUAUUUUCUUCAUUUAAGGAACGCCUUCACCAUUUACAGAAAACAGAAAAUUGUAGAGUUUGCCUUGGAAAAUCGGCUAUUCAAGGGUGGGGCCUCUUUGCUCGUAGAGAUUUGCAAGAAGGAGAAAUGGUCAUUGAGUAUCGUGGUGAGCAGGUAAGGCGUAGUGUUGCUGAUCUGAGGGAAGCAAAGUACCGUUCAGAAGGCAAGGCUUGUUAUCUGUUCAAGAUUAGCGAGGAGGUGGUUAUUGAUGCAACAGAUAAAGGCAACAUUGCACGUCUAAUAAAUCAUUCUUGCAUGCCAAACUGCUUUGCAAGGAUUAUGUGUUUGGGUGAUCAGGAGAGCCAGAUUGUUCUUAUUGCAAAGACCAAUAUUUCUGCCGGUGAAGAACUAACGUAUGAUUACUUGUUCGAUCCAGAUGAGCGGGAUGAACUCAAGGUUCCCUGCCACUGCAGAGCCCCCAAUUGUAGGAAAUUUAUGAACUAGGUUGGUUAAUGGUUUUGCAUUGUUUCUGCCAAUGGAGCAAUUGCACCAACCAAACCUUAACCGGGAAUAUUUGUCGAUUGACAUUUUAAAUUUUUUCAAGUUAAAUUAAUAAAUUUGUAUACAAGAUAUGUUGUACUAUUGUCACAUUGUAUAGAUAUUUUUAAAAAGAAUAAUAUUUUACAAGAUUAUUUAUUUUACUUCAAA